AUGUCAUUGAAUCAAUUCAGUCAAGAGUUUGUGUUUUGCAAUGUAUGCCAUAUAAGAUACUCCAAAGAGGAUCCGUUGAACCUCACUUCAUGUGCACAUAUACUCUGUAAACAACAUAUCAGUCCAGACAAAAAAUGUCCCGUAUGCCAAACAGAAGAUAUUUCAAUAAUAAAACUACUGGAGUCCAAACAUCAACAGUUACCUACUGACGUUAAAUUGUUUUUUGAGCCGAUACCAAACUUGAUGGAAAAUAUCUAUAAUGUAGCGAAUUUCCAGGUGAGAGGUCUACUGAGCCAGCUACAAUACUACCAGAAUCACUGUGUAAAAUUGAGAGAGAAAGUUGCCAGACAACAACAGUUACUGUAUAAAGCUAAGCAGGAAUUGGACGCAGUUGCCUCGCUGAAAGAAAGAAAUAGGCAAUUGGAAAGCUUACUUAGAGGUGGUAACAAUUUUUUUAGUAAUAUUACGCCAAAUUCAGUCAGCAGUUUUAAAGAGCCACCACAUACAGUGGAUUUGACCCUUGAUGUAGAAGAACCACAACAAUUAUUUGUGGACAAACUAAAGAAGACAACCUCAUUUAGAAAAAAUAGUAAUAGUCACAAUAUUAAAAAUUUGACGCCCACAAGACAAAGUGAGAAGAAUGUCACUCCGAUGAAUUCUUUGAUUGCGGAAUCCACACAUAUCAAUAAGUAUUUUGAAUCAUCAUCUCGUGACUCAAAGGCCCCAAUAUUAAAUUCUUCGAGUAUUUCGCCAUUAGGUCACUCAUCAUUGUCUUAUAAUCAGUCGACUGGGUCAUCCAAGACCGUAAUUGGUAUCACUAAGGACCUCAUAAAGAAGCCAAAAUUCCCAAAUGCAUUAGAAAGGCUAAGAAUAAAUAAAAGAAAUAAUACCACUCAAGAUGAGACAGUAAGGAGAACGAUCUCAAACAGCACGCACGUUAAAUCUAGCAAUGGUGACAAGACCUUCAAUCCUAGAAAAAGAAGUACUACUUCAAACACUCUUAGCUCAUACAACAACUUCAAAAGAAUAAAAUAA